AUGAUACCUCAGUCGAACCCUACAGCUCAAAGACGUUCAGGUGAUGCCCAAAAUACCAAUAAUGUGGCACCUAACUCAGUAGCCACCACCACUGACACUGCUUUGACAGCUUCCACACAAUCUGGAAGCAGCAGCAAUAAUGCGAAUAAAAAAUUGGAGUAUAUAGGUGUCUACAAGAUUGGUCCAGAAAUUGGUAAAGGGUCAUUUGCCACGGUUUAUAAAUGUAUCGAUACAACCAAUAAUAAAGCUGUGGCUAUCAAGUCCGUGUAUCGGUCCAAAUUAAAAUCGAAAAAACUACUAGAAAACUUAGAAAUUGAAAUCCAGAUAUUGAAAUCAAUGAAACAUCCUCACAUAGUGGGUCUAUUAGAUUAUAAGCAAACAACAAGCUACUUCCAUCUAGUGAUGGAUUAUUGUUCCAUGGGCGAUUUGUCAUAUUUCAUUAGACGAAGGAAUAAUUUGGUGAAGUCACAUCCAGUAAUCUCAAGUUUGUUGCAUUGCUAUCCGUCACCAGAAGGGUCUCACGGGUUAAAUGAAGUUUUGGUUCUCCAUUUUUUGAGACAGCUCUCGUCUGCACUUCAAUUUUUAAGAGACAAGAGUUUAGUACAUCGAGACAUUAAACCACAAAACUUGCUCUUGUGCCCGCCAGUUCAUUCAAAGCAGGAAUUCAUUGAUGGCGAGUUUGUUGGUAUGUGGGAAUUGCCAAUAUUGAAAAUAGCUGAUUUUGGAUUCGCUCGUUUCUUGCCCUCAACCUCAAUGGCAGAGACUUUGUGUGGGUCUCCCCUUUACAUGGCUCCAGAGAUUUUGCGAUAUGAAAAAUAUAACGCCAAGGCAGAUUUGUGGUCGGUUGGUGCUGUCCUAUACGAAAUGACAGUGGGGAAACCGCCUUUCAAGGCAGGAAACCACAUAGAAUUGUUGAAAAACAUUGAGAAGGCAAACGAUAAAAUCAAAUUUCCUUCGGCAGCUCAGGUACCUGAACCUUUGAAACAAUUGAUUAGGUCAUUGUUGAAAUACAACCCAACUGAGCGGAUUUCUUUCAACGAGUUUUUCAAUGACUCAUUAAUAACCUGUGACUUGGAUGAUAAUGAUCAGCCUCUCGAAACCUCUCAAAUGGAUGAGAAUUUGUUUAUCAGUGAAUAUAUCAGUCCCAUAGCUCCUGCCGAGCGAUCACAGUUUUUCAAAGAGCAAAAGAAGAAUGAUUCAGUUGUUAGAAGCCCAUCACCCACUACUGCUACUACUGCAACCCCACGUCAAGACAAUGUAGUACAGCAAAUGACAAAAAUUACGAGUCCUGUACCAGACGAUUUUGCCCUUUCCAUUGCACGAAACUCGUCAGAAUUUAAUUUAAAAAAGGAUGAUAUGAAUUUAGAAAAAGAUUAUGUUGUUGUUGAGAAAAGGGCAGUUGAAGUUAAUGCACUCGCAGACGAAUUGGCACACGCUGGAGCUGGAGCAGAUGCCAUUCCAAACUCACGCAAGAAUCUGGAUGUAGACCAGACCAAUAGAUUGGCGUCACUGCAACAGCAAACGGAAACAGCACUGUACCGCAGGUCGUCACUGAGUGGCAGUCAAAAACGUCCUAGUUUUUCUGAAAGACGAAUUUCGCUUUCACUCUCGCCGACCAAUGCUUUAACAAAGGCAAUUGGGUUAGCUUCGAAUCGAUUGUUUGGGUUGACUACCAACAGUCUGCAUUCCAAUGUAUCAGCUAUAGCCGAAGAUGAUGACUCGUCUACUAGUAACAAUGAUGCAUCGUCUUUUUCAACUGUCAUUCCUUCUACCAAUAAUCACGUCCUUUUACAGAAACUCAAUCUAGCCACUAUAGGUGAACCGGGUACUGAAUUUGAUUUAGGGAGUGUUUCCAAUUUAGACGAACAAAUACUAGACAAGCUAGAGUUAAUUGCAAACAUUGCUAAUGCUGUGAAUUUGUAUGCUGAUGUCAAAUUCAGUCAGAUUAUUCCCAGUCCGCCAUCUUCAGACGGGAUAGAGGAUGACACCGAGAUGUUGCCUCCUAAGAUUAUUCAUAUGAUCAGUCAAGAGGGAAUAGGAUUAUAUAUUAAGACGUUGAGUUUGUUGGGAAGAGCCAUGGAUAUUGCUGGUCAAUGGUGGUUUGAAAAAUAUGAUGCUGUUCAUGGCGAAAGACCUAGCUUUGAAACGACAGUUAGAAUUAAUCAAAUAGUGCAAUGGAUCAGAGAAAAGUAUAAUAUUUCCCUUGAAAGAUUAGAGUUUUUGAAAAGUAAAAGUGAUUUUACUGCUGAAGAAACAAUAGAAGAUAACGAGCCUAAUGGAACAACAAGAGUGCAACAGGCAAUUUUUGCUGCUGCUCUUGGAAUCGCUAGGGAAACUGCACUUAAGGAACUUCUUCGCAAUAGCACAGAUAUAGAAUGCUCAUAUGUCACAAGUAUAUAUAUGCUUUUGGCAAUACUUGAAGAUCUUGAAGAAUCUGAUCGCCAGGAAGUGAAGAAAAUAAUUGAAAAAAUUAACUCCCGUUUGAAGAAUUUCAUGGGGAAAUGA